UCACAGAGCUGCAUCUACCUCCUCCGACCUCUUCCCGGAUAACCCUCAUUUUACCGCAAGGACACCCCCAAGGAUCAGUCGCCAGGAUGUCGUCUGCCGUACGAGGGAAGCUCCCGUGGCCGCUGCGAAUGUCGUACGACAAACAGGACACGCUGCUGAAGCUCUUUGUCCUGUCCAUCGCUGCUGUACUCUCCUUCUCGACUCGUCUCUUCUCUGUGCUGAGGUUCGAGAGUGUUAUUCACGAGUUUGAUCCGUACUUCAACUACCGAACCACGCGGUUUCUCACGGAGGAAGGUUUCUACAGCUUCCACAACUGGUUUGAUGACCGGGCAUGGUACCCUCUGGGGCGUAUCAUCGGUGGAACCAUCUAUCCUGGUUUGAUGGUGACCUCAGCGACCCUGUACCACGUGCUGCACUUCUUCAACAUCACCAUUGACAUCAGGAAUGUCUGCGUGUUCCUGGCCCCUCUCUUCAGCUCUCUCACCACCCUGGUCACCUACCACCUCACCAAGGAGCUAAGGGACGUGAGUUCUGGCCUGGUGGCGGCCGCCAUGAUCGCGGCGGUUCCCGGCUACAUCUCCCGUUCCGUGGCGGGGUCGUACGAUAACGAGGGCAUCGCCAUCUUCUGCAUGCUGCUGACCUACCUGCUCUGGAUCAAGGCGGUCAAAACCGGUUCUCUGUUCUGGGGAGCCAUGUGUGCUCUGGCCUACUUCUACAUGGUGUCGUCGUGGGGAGGUUACGUGUUCCUGAUUAACCUGAUCCCGCUCCACGUGCUGGCACUCAUGGCUACCGGACGCUUCAGCCAUCGCAUCUACGUCGCUUACUCAGCGGUGUACAGUUUGGGCACCCUGCUGUCCAUGCAGAUCUCCUUUGUGGGAUUCCAGCCUGUCCAGUCUUCAGAACACAUGGCUGCCCUGGGUGUGUUUGGUCUGUGCCAGAUCCAUGCCUUUAUUGACUACCUGCGCUCCAAGCUGUCCAAAGAGUACUUUGAGAUCCUGUUCCGGACCAUGGCUCUGUUUGUAGGCACUGCUGUCACCGGUGUCGGGGCUGUCCUCAUGGCUUCUGGCAAAAUCGCUCCAUGGACCGGCCGUUUCUACUCCCUGUUGGACCCGUCCUAUGCGAAGAACAACAUCCCCAUCAUCGCGUCUGUGUCUGAACAUCAGCCCACUACAUGGUCGUCUUUCUACUUCGACCUGCAGAUGCUGGUCUUCAUGUUCCCUGUUGGUCUGUACUACUGCUUCUGCAGACUGACUGAUGCCAACAUCUUCAUUGUCAUCUACGGCAUCACCAGCAUCUACUUUGCAGGUGUGAUGGUACGUCUGAUGUUGGUGUUAGCUCCUGUUAUGUGUAUCCUGUCUGGCAUUGGUGUGUCUGGCAUCCUCAGCACAUACAUGAAGAACCUGGACAUCUCCAAGGUCCAGAAGAAGACCAAGAAAACUGACACCAACUACCCUAUCAAGAAUGAGGUUGCGAGUGUGGUGAUCAUGAUGAUGUCCCUGUUCCUGAUCACGUACACAUUCCACUGUACCUGGGUCACGUCCGAGGCCUACUCCAGCCCCUCCAUCGUUCUCUCCGCCCGCGGCGGUGACGGCAGCAGGAUCAUCUUCGACGACUUCAGGGAGGCCUACUAUUGGCUCAGGCACAACACUCCGGAGGAUGCCAAGGUGAUGUCGUGGUGGGAUUAUGGGUAUCAGAUAACAGCCAUGGCCAACAGGACUAUACUGGUGGACAACAACACCUGGAACAACACUCACAUAUCCAGGGUCGGACAGGCCAUGGCAUCGAGUGAGGAACAUGCCUACGAGAUCAUGCGAGAACUGGAUGUAAAUUACGUCCUGGUCAUCUUUGGUGGUCUCACAGGCUACUCUUCUGAUGACAUAAACAAGUUCCUGUGGAUGGUUCGUAUUGGAGGCAGUACGGAGAAGGGUGAGCACAUCAAGGAACACGACUACUACACGCCGUCAGGAGAGUUCCGUGUAGACCGCGAGGGCUCCCCCACCCUGCUCAACUGUCUCAUGUACAAGAUGUGCUACUAUCGCUUCGGCUCUGUCUACACCGAAGGAGGCAAGCCCACUGGCUACGACCGUGUCCGCAACGCUGAGAUCGGCAACAAAGACUUCGAGCUGGAUGUCUUAGAAGAAGCGUACACAACCGAACACUGGCUGGUCCGCAUCUACAAAGUCAAAGACUUAGAAAACAGGGGAAUCUAGUCUCUUAACACACUUUAUAUACAGAGUACUGUAUUACCAAGAUUUUGCAUAUGAAAGUAUCAAGACACGAUAGAUAUGAAAAUACCUAGACAGAUUUUGAUACAUCCGCCAAUAUGAUAAGCAAUAUCAUCAGAAUAAUACUUUUAACAUCAGAAACAGUCGUGGUAAAACUGCCAUACCACUGUAAGAAUGGUCAAAGCUUCAACCCAAAUACCAGCUUGGAUAAGAAGUAUGAAUCUGUAAUGUAAAGACUCAAUGAAGGUUAGAAAUCCAUGUAGAGCAUAAUGAUAAUUAUGUAAUUUACAAAAUACUAGUAACCAAGCAACUGGAAAAAUUUGGAAGUGUCAGACAUUUCAGAUAGUAUCAACAACUUUUCAUUAGUUUUUAGUGACUGAGAAAUAUGUUACAGUGACUGAUGAAAAAUAGCAGAAGCUAUAAGAAAUGUCUGACUGUUCAGGGAAUUUUUCCAAUUGCUUGAUGUAAAGACUUCAUUUUCUGUAACAUCACACUGUAGCUUGGAUCGAAACAUCACAUUAACACAAGAAAAUGUAACUGGUAGAGCUCUUUUUAGAUGUAUAAUUUUUUGUACUUCAGUCUAUAUGUGACAAAAUAUUUGUCACAUUGUACUUCUCUAAGAGUCUAAAAUAGGUUUCACUUUGUGUCUUCUCUGUGCGGCUUAAGAUGUCAGAACUAUCUAAGUAAAGGACCGGUCUACAGUGUUCUACUUUGUACUUCACAUUCCUGUUACAACAAGGUAUAAAAGCCACUGACUACUACUUCUGAUGACUGCUUGUUUUAAUGAGAACAUAUUAAAUCUGAUUCCAGUCGA